UAUGAGCGACCAGACUGUAAAGAAGAUAGAAAUCACCAAAGCAUUCAGGCAAAAUUAAAGAGAGGAGAAGCAGAUUUUUUUGAUGACUUCAGUGAUGAUGAAAUUCUAGAAACUUCCAUUAAAAAAUGUGACAGACGGAAACCUUGCAAGACAAAUAAUUUAAUGGUAACAAAGGGACAGCUUUCCUUAAUGCAGUGUGGAUUCUCUAAGUUGUUGCAGAGAGAAAUUGAAACUACCAAAGAAGGAAAUAAUAUUUCCGACUCUGAUCAUUCAAGUUCUGAUGAUCAGACUAUAAGAACAAAUGCAAAUAGCCAGGACAGUGUUGUUCAGAAGAGUCAAAGUCAUGUGCCUGUUUUGGAGCAUGGGAAAGCUACUCAGUCACCCAAUGGAACUGAUAAUCCAGGUACAUGUCGUACAGACUUCCUUGUUUUAUCCAGCUCUGAGGAGGAAGGGGACAGCGAAAGUGAAGAUCAAGGCAUUUUAAAGCAAUGUGAUAUAGUCAUGGAAACUGAAAGCAGUCCUGAAGAGGAUGAUGAUGUCGUCUUUCCUACCCAGGUUCCAGCAUGCCAACAACCAGUCCUUACUAAAAAAGUUGAACUACACACAUCAACAUCUGAAAACUGUGAAGAGUUAGCAAAUGAAAAAGAUGGGUUUGUAUUUAUGAGAAACCGGAGGCAAUUUGGAUUCCAUAGUACUGAGUCAAACUUCAGCAAAGUCAUGUCUUUUGAAGAUAUGAAGAACGACAGAAGAGAGUUGAAAGGAGGAAGUGACAUAAGUGAUGAGUCUGAUGAUAUUGAAAUUUCCAAUAAUUCUGCAUCAAGAAAGUUAAGAACUUCCAGCUUUCUGAAGCGGAAAGAAGGACAUGCCCAUAACAAUGUCUCCAAACCUCUGCUACAAGCAAAGAAUACCAGCAGAAAUGAAAAGGAAAGUGAUUCUCAGAAUAUAGAUGAAUUUUCUUCUUCUGAAGAUAACUUACUGGUUGAGAAAAGUCGUGGCAGAAAGCAAAGCUCUAAGUGUAAAAGCCAAAGACGCAGAGUUCAGUUUGGGCCUAAAGCGGUUCAUCCUGUUGAAGAUACUUCUGUUGCACAAAUUAAGUCUAGCAGUUACACUGUGCAUAGAACUACAGCAAGUAAAACUGAAUUUGAACAUCAAGAGCAAAAAGUGGAAUCAAUGGACAGAUAUUUAGAUGGUGUUCAAGAAGUGGCGUAUAUUCAUUCAAAUCAGAAUGUGGUUGGAUCCAGCAAAGCUGAGAAUCACUUGAGCCGGUGGGCAGUGCGGGAUGUGUUUGAGUUGAAGCAGUUUUCCCAGCUCCCUGCUAAUGUAGCAUUCUGUAGUGCCAAGAAAAAUGAAGAAACCCCAGAAGAUGACAUAGCAGACAAGAAUGUUAAUAAGGGAGGGCAAGAAAUGGUGGCUAACAGUAAUCAGCGUCGCCUGUACCUUAUGCAUCCUGUGACCCAGAAAAACAAAAAAGUACACAGAGUAGGUUCAACCACUUUCUUGGUUGGAAAGACACCCGAAGGAAUCCGCAGGAGACAAUUUGAGGAAAUGGCAUCCCACUUCAAUAUGCAAUCAGUGGAGGAACUUGCAGAACAUAUAACAAAAGCUACAUCAGAAACAAGGCAGAAGAUGUUGAAGGAAUUCUACAUUUCCAAGCACCCAGAGAUGGAGUCGUUCUUCUCAGCCGAAGUACCAGUGCAAGCUUCACAUGGCUGUGAAGAAAGAGAAUUGGGUACAACACGCUCUAGAAAAAGAAAAUCCACUGUUAAUUCUGCAACAUCUAAGUCUCGAUCUUCAUCGGGUAAAGAACUACUUCUGAGCAGGACUACAGAAACACAGAGCCAUGAAGAAACAGAGCAGCUUCACAAUGACUCCUGCUUGCAAGAUACGUGUGUUGAUGCAAAAUAUAAACAAUCACCCACAGUUGCUACUCAACGUAUCGAAAGGAGAAACAGUCAGGCAUUCAAGGAUUUUAUGGCAUCUGGCUUAUUAAGCAGUAAAUCAGAAAUAAUUGAGGUGCUGCCUGUAGAAGGCUGUGAAGGACAGCAGGACUUGGAAGGAACACAGCUGCCAAGAAAAAGAUCCCUGUCUCAGUCAGAAAACGGGGGGAGAAAAGCUGAGACUUGUAAGAAAAAGUCUUUUGUGGACUUACUUGGGGAUACCUCCAUUCUCAAUGACCUCUUCAGAAAUGAUGGAAAUGAGCUUACAGAAUCACCAAGAAGAUUCACUGUGGGGCAAGCAGAAAAAUCAAAGGAGAGACCAAAAGAUUUCUGGGACAUGCUGAAUGAGCAAAAUGAGGAUAGCCUCAGAAAGCUCACAGACAUAACAGUCAUAGAGAAGCUAUGUGAAAGAACAGCUCAUCCCUCCACGACAGAUGAGAGAGAGGUGUGUGAAAGUUCUCUCUGGAAAAAAAAUGAAAAUUUUCUAUGGAAGAAAUACAGUCCAGAUGAUUCGCAUGAACCAUCCACUGCUACAUCUUGUAAUGUAGUAAAAUGA